AUGGCAAAUACUGGAAAAUUCAGCAUUAAAUGUGUUUAUGUGUUAUUCACUCCUCAAUUUCCAAAAGUCAAUUGGAAGAGCUUAACUAUGGUUCAAGGGGAAAUACCAAAGCAUCAAUUUAUACUCUGGAUGGCUAUACAAGAAAGGUUGGCUACGGUGGACAGGCUAGAAAAAUGGGGCAUUCAGGUGCCUCCAGACUGUGUGUUAUGCAAUACAAAAGAGAUGGAAACUUUCACUCACUUGUUCUUUGAUUGUGCAUAUGCUAGGAGUAUGUGGAAGUCACUUUUACAAUGUUUGGGAAUGAUGAGACAGAUUACAACAUGGGAGACUGAGAUUCAAUGGCUGUCUAGUAGGGUGAAACAAGGCAAAGCUGGAACACAUAUAAUAGGAUGGCUCUUUGGUGCUUGUGUUUAUCAUGUUUAG